ACGCGGGGGGCGGGGCGAGGGUAGGAGCGCGAUGACGUUCCGCUCGUGGCUGUCUCCGGAUUCCAAACCUGCUGCCGCGAUACAGGAUGGCGCGCUACUUGCAGAGGGGCAGCUGUGGGCAUCGGGGAGAAGGACUGAGGGCGACCACAACUCUCGCCCCCGGGCACCUCCUCUAUUCCGCUUCUCCUUAUGCUUGCAUUCCCUCCAAGAAAGCCAGAGGAUCCAUCUGUGAACACUGCUUUUGCAGGAAGGAAUCUCUGCUGCGAUGUUCUCAGUGUAAGAUGGCAAGAUAUUGCAACGCCACGUGCCAGAAACUAGCUUGGCCAGAGCACAAGUGUGAAUGCAAGUGUUUGAGAAGCAUUUAUCCUCAAGUUCCAACUGAUAUGGUUCGGCUUGUUGCAAAGAUAAUCUUUAAAUUGAUGACUGGCUCCUGCUCAUCAGAAGAAUUGUAUUGUGUGACAGAUCUUCAGUCCAAUAUCAAACAGAUGAGUGAAGAAAUGAAAGAAGGCCUUGGGCAACUUGCAGUCAUGCUACAAUUUUAUAUGAAAGAGGAAAUUCACGAUGUAUCCCAGCUGGUUCCUGGUUUAAAUCUGCUUCACCUCUUUGGUCAAGUGAUGUGCAACUGUUUCACCAUCAGCGACGGCGAGAUGCAGGAAGUUGGUAUCGGCCUCUAUCCCAGCAUGUCUCUGCUGAACCACAGCUGUGACCCGAACUGUGUGAUGGUCUUUGAAGGGAAACUGCUCCGGCUUCGGGCCGUUCAACAGAUUCAGCAGGAUGAAGAGCUGACAAUUAGCUACAUUGAUGUCAUGGCAACAAGCCAGGAGCGACAGAGACAGAUCGAGAAGCAGUACUGUUUUGUGUGUGACUGCAAACACUGUGAGACUGGACACAAGGAUGUGGAUCGGCUGGCUGGAGAGGAGUGCUGCUGGACCAAGGCCAAGGAAUUGAUUCCAAAAGUGGAGGAAUUACAGGCUGCUGCAAAGUGGGAGCAGCUUGUGGACACCUGCCAACCGUUUACAAGUAAAAGCCAAGACGUCCUUCCAGACACAAACCUCUAUCUGCUGAAGAUGCUCGAUGCCACUAUGGAUGCUUGCAUUCACGUCGCUCGGUGGGAGGAGGCCUUGUGUUAUGGCCUGAGGACUCUGCAUCCCUACCAGUUGUAUUAUGCUGGUCCUCACCCCGUGAGAGGAAUCCAGCUCAUGAGAGUGGGCAAGCUGCAGCAUCACCAAGGGAAGCUGAGCCAAGCACUGGACACGCUAAAGCAGGCUUUUGACAUUCUGAAGGUGACCCAUGGAAGAGAACAUCCCCUGACUGACAACCUGCGGCAGCUCCUUGCAGACUGCGAGGCUGAACUCAGCAGCAGACUGGAGCACAUGUGAACACCGGCCAGUGUGCGAGUAUGUACACAGGCACCGCACAUCCACACGUUCACACGCACUUGCAAAUGUGACCCUCUGGAUAUGUGUGCAAACGUUUGUGCCGAUCUACUUGUAUGUAUGUACGUGCAAAUACCCAGAUACGUAGGUGUGUGUGCAUAAGGCAUGUCUCAAGUGCCUUUAAUACUAGACCAAAGCAAAGAAAGAGAGAAAUAGUUGUUUAAAUAAUAGCAGAAAAUGCUGGAAAUACCCAGACAGCACACAGACAGCAGCAUAUACAAUACAAUAUACUCAGGCAAUGGUUCAGUGGUUUGUUAUUGUCAAGUAUGCUCAGCACAGUGAAAUUCUUUAGUACAACCACAAAUGCACAGUCGCCACAAUGUUGGUGUCGUUUAAAAAAACC